UGAUGCUCGACCGUUUGACUUCCCCCGAGCUCAUCAAGUUCUUUCGGGAUCGAAAGCAUGACGAAAGGCUCCUCAAGAAGCUGAAGUUGAAAUUGCUUGGACUUAAGAUGGUGCUCAAUGAUGCAGAGAACAAGCAGUUCACUGAUCGUGCUGUGAAAGAAUGGCUCGAUGAGCUUAAAGGUGCCGUUUACGACGCUGAAGACUUGGUGGAUGAGAUUGCUACUGCGGCUUUGCGGUGCAAGGUGGAAGCCGAGUACCAAAGCGGCCCAAACCAGGUACAGUCUCUGAUCUCGUCUCUCACUAAAUUAUUUGACGAUGAGAUAGAGUCCAAGUUAGAGAGCAUGAUUGAUACGUUAGACGAUUUUGCAAAAGAAAAAGAUGUAAUUGGUUUGAAAGAUGUUGCUGGACUGAACUGGUCACACAGGCUGCCAACAACUUCUUUGGUGGAUGAAUCUUGUGUUUAUGGAAGGGAGAACGAUAAGGAGAAGAUAAUGAAAUUGUUGCUCUCGGAUGGAGAGAGUCAUAAUAAGAUAGAUGUAAUUCCGAUUGUCGGGAUGGGCGGGAUGGGCAAGACUACCCUUGCUCGACUUUUGUACAACGAUGACAGAUUGUAUGGGCACUUCGUUACGAAAGCAUGGGUAUGUGUAUCUGACGUCUUUGAUGUUUCAAGGGUCAUAAAAACAAUUGUUGAGACAGUCACUAACAAGGCUUGUGAUGUAGAGGACCCAAACUCGCUUGGGGUCAAGCUGAAGGAAUCAUUGAGUGGGAAAAAAUUUCUUAUUGUCUUGGAUGAUGUUUGGAAUGAGAACUAUGAAGAUUGGGACACCUUGGUUACUCCUUUCAAGUUUGGAGCACGCGGGAGUAAGAUUAUUGUUACAACGCGCAACGACUGUGUUGCAUCUAUAAUGCAAACAGUUCCUAUUCAUCGUUUGCAUGAAUUACCGGAGGAACAUUGUUGGGAGUUAUUUUCCCAACAUGCAUUUGAGAAGGGAGAUCACAACGCACAUCCAAAACUCGAAAGGAUUGGCAAGGAGGUUGUGAAAAAAUGUAAAGGUUUGCCUUUAGCCGCAAAAACAUUAGGUGGUCUUUUGCGCUCCCAACGAGAUGUUGAAGAUUGGAAUAAUAUACUGGAAAGUGAAAUAUGGGAAUUAUCGGAGGAGAAGAGCAACAUUCUUCCAGCCUUAAGAUUGAGCUAUCACUAUCUCCCCUCCCAUUUAAAAAGAUGUUUUGCUUAUUGUUCCAUAUUUAUUAAGGAUUACGAAUUCAACAUGAAGGAAUUAGUCGAAGCAUGGAUAGCUGAAGGUUUUUUGGAGAAGCCAAAAAAUAAUAAGACAGUGGAAGAAAAAGGUAAUGAGUGCUUCCACGAAUUGCUUUCAAGGUCAUUUUUUCAAAGAUCAAAUGCUAAUACUUCUUUAUUUCUCAUGCAUGAUCUUAUUCAUGAUUUAGCUCAAUAUGUGAUGGGAGAUUUCUGUUAUAGGUUAGAAGAUGGCAAGGCACAUGGAAUUUCUGAAAAAUUACGUCAUUUCUCCUAUGUUCAAGGUGAUUUUGAUGACUUUGGGAAGUUCAAGGAAAUUAAGGAGGCUAAGUGUUUAAGAACUUUCUUACCAUUAAAGCGUAGACGUUAUUGGAAACAAUGGUUGAGCAAAAAGGCGUUGGAUGAGAUUCUGUCAGAAUUGACACGUUUACGGUUGCUAUCUUUGCCGAGAUAUCAGAUUAUGGAAUUGCCUUAUUCAAUUGGAAAACUGAUACAUCUACGUUUUUUGGAUCUCUCCUAUGCUCAAAUCAAGCAGUUGCCUGAAUCAGUGUGUACCCUGUAUAAUUUAGAAACAUUGUUGUUAUCUAAUUGCGAUCUUCUUACAACCUUACCAGCAGAGCUUGUAAAACUAAUUUCAUUGCGUCAUCUUGAUUUAAGUGGAACCAACUUAAAAGAGAUGCCAAUGCACAUAAGUAGGCUGAAAGAUCUCCAACAAUUAACUGCGUUUGUAGUGGGAAAGUGCACCGGGUCAGGGAUUAAUGAGUUGAAAGAGUUUCAUAGCCUUCGUGGAACCAUCGCUAUCGCAGGUUUGCAAAAUGUAACCAGUGGCAACGAUGCAUUGGAAGCAAAGUUGAGGGAGAAAAAGCACCUCGAAAAGUUGGCAUUGGAAUGGGGUAGCACAACAGAGGAUUCAGAGAAGGCAAGAGAUGUUCUUGAAAAGCUAGAGCCUCAUACACUCUUGAAGCAACUUCAGAUAAAAAACUACGGAGGCACAAGAUUUCCUACUUGGUUAGGAGAUCAAUCAUUCUGCAAGAUGGAGUCAUUACGUCUGGAGAAUUGUGGGUUUUGCUUUUCAUUGCCAUCACUUGGUCAACUGCCCUCUUUGAAGGAGCUUACCAUUGCGAGGAUGUCCAAUAUAACGAACGUGGGCCAUGAAUUUUAUGGAGAGAGUGGUUCUUUAAGCAAACCGUUUGAAUCACUAGAGACUCUACGUUUUGAAGAAAUGUCGGAGUUGGUGCAAUGGGUUCAGUUAGAUGCCGGAGAAUUCUCUCGACUUCAAAAGCUUGAGAUAAUCAAAUGUCCCAAUUUGAUCGGAGACUUACCGAAGAAGGUGCCUUCAUUGGUGAGACUUACUGUAGAGAAAUGCCCAGGGCUUGUGGCCUCACUUGUGAGCGCUACCAAUAUGCGCGAGGUAGUGUUGGAGGAAUGCAAAGGGGUACAAUUCAAUACGCAAGGGGAAUCUUCUGUUGAAAGUCUGAAGAUUUCAAGCUUCGCAAGUUUGGAGGAAUUUGCAAGCGAGCUGUUUACACUAACAAAUCUGAAGGACCUGGAGAUAGAGGAUUGUCCGAGGCUUUUGCCAUUUCGAGAGGGAAUGAUGUGCCACAACAAUUUGAGAAACCUUAGUGUUCGGCGGUGUCCAAAACUGGAGCUCCCACUAUCAGUGGAGAUGAGUCACUAUUACACAUCCCUUGAAAACUUGAGCUUGGUUGGCUGUGAGAGUCUCAAAUCCCUCCCGUUAGGUUUAUUCCCGAAGCUUCAGAAUCUUGAAAUUAAAGAUUGUAUAAAUUUUAAGACCCUAGUGAUUCCAGAAGGAAUUGAUCUUCAAAAUCUGACAUCACUUCAGGCCCUAGUAAUUUAUGAUUGCAAUAAUAUGGCGUUUUUUCCUUGUGGAGGAUUACCUGCUCCAAAUCUGUCUUUGUUAUCGGUCCAUGGUUGCAAGAAACUGAAGGCUCUGCCCGAACAAAUGCACACCCUCCUCCCAUCUCUUGAGAUUUUAUCUGUAUUUCAUUGUCCAGAAAUUGAGUCUUUUCCGGGAGGGGGUCUGCCCUCCAAAUUACGUUAUCUUCUCUUCGCGAAUUGCAAGAAACUUGUUGGUGGCCGGAGAGAUUUGGGUUUGCAAAGACUCCCCUCUCUUAUAGAAUUUGGACUGGCAGGUGAACCCGAAGAUGCGGUGGAGUCGUUUCCAGAUGAGAGGCUGCUGCUGCCCUCCUCUCUUACAAGCCUCCUGAUCGCUAGAAUGCCAAAUCUCAAAUCACUGAACGGCAGGGGCCUUCAACUUCUUGGCUCUCUCAAACACAUGGCUAUUUACAAGUGCUCUCAGCUCCAAUCCUUGCCAGAAGAGGGGCUUCCCACUUCCCUCUUUGAUCUGCGAUUUUGGGACUGUCCAUUGCUGAAACCUCGUUGCCGCAUGGAGGAGGGAGAAGACUGGCAUAAGAUUGCUCAAGUCCCUGUUGUAAGUAUCGAUGGUGAAGCCAUCUUUGACCAAUGCUAUCUCGGUCCAAUAGGCUCUACUGUGGUUCGCGAAUUUCAUGAUUUUUAGCCAGGGAAAACCAGAACUCUCCACUGAGUUUCCAGAGUUUUAAAGUUAACUGACUGAUAGCAAAGAGCAAGAGGCAUGCACAGCUAUGCAGGUUGGUAGUCUACUCAGUAUAAUUUCUUGAAGCAUCAGAAAAUCUCAAUCAUGUGGCUGUUAUUUGAUAAAAGCUUACAACUUUGGUCCAGUUGCAUUGCCGGCUUAUAAAGAUGAUGUGGAUCAUGGGUGACUAAAAUUGUGUGCAGCGAUGGCAAAUCAUUUAGGCCGUGUUGGGUUCUGACUUCGCAGAAGGAGCAAACGAAGUUAGCUAUAUAAGUCUCAGGUGCAACUUUCUUUAUUGUUCAUUGUCUCAUCACAAAUCCAACGACAUUUUCCUUGUAGAUCGGCUUUUAUCAAUCCAAUUUCUAAGAGCAAUGGUGAAUGUGUAAUGGGUCUACUGUUUUCUUUUUCAUUUUAAUUUUCUUGCAGCAGUUGUGCUGUAACCCCUAUUUGAAUGCUAAUGUUCUACGUUAAUAACUCCUGUGCUCAGGCAAUUUUUUGCAAGGUAUGCAUCAUCUUGUUCUUUAAGUGCAGUGAGAUGACCAUUCAGACAGGUACAUUGCCCUCAAAAUGGGAAGUAAUCUUGCCCUCUUUAUUCGCUUGCAAACUCCUGCUGUCAUCGGAAACAUAUUUUGGGUGAUGGUGCAUGAAACUUUUCUUUAGAAAGGACCCAUCUAUGUCUGUUAGCAUAGCCCAACGUUGCUGGCUCUUUGAGGGAAACAAAAAAAACAUCAGUAUCGUUUCCUC